UUCGAUUUAGGAUCAUCGUUAUAAACAGCCCAUCAUUAGUCCAAACAGCGUGACUGGAGAUCUUCAGCGUUUGCCGUAAUCGACUAAAAGGACUGAUGUUAGAUUGUAAAAUAUUUUUGAUUUUGGACCUAAACCAGAGAAGCAUAUUAGGCUCCUGCUAUUUGCAUGUAAGUUUUGAUCUUAUUUACUGGGUAGCCUAAUGACUUAAAAUCGUUCAUUAACCUUCAGCACUGCAUUAUCAUAGAGGAUUCGCUGGACACGCUCCUCCCCCGUUCAAGCUGAAGCGAGUUGGUUUGAGGGAUGGAUUAGAUAGGCUAGUGCAACUUGAACCGCGGGUAAACCCCCGAGACUUUUUACUCCGCCUGCUUGUCUCGGAGCCAUGCGUGAAUGAAAGUUACCAAACGCCAAGUGUUCGGCUCACUGUAGGAGGCGGCUGUUGAACAUAUUGACAGGGCAUGGAACUAUCACAACAGUGCAUUGAGUAGCAUUCAUCCAGUCAACCAGACGGACUGAAACACGCGAUGAAGUUUUGAUACAUAGACGGUUCUUUAAAAAUGCAAGCAAUGGAGCCCAUAACGAAGUGGACGCCAAAACAAGUUGUCGACUGGAUGAGAGGACUAGAUGACAGCCUCCAGCAGUACAUCCAUAACCUUGAGCGGGAGAAGAUCAAUGGGGAGCAGCUGCUGAAGAUCUCUCACCAGGACCUGGAAGAGCUGGGGGUGUCCCGGAUCGGACACCAAGAGCUGGUCCUGGAGGCAGUGGACCUGCUCUGUGCUCUGAACUAUGGUGUGGAGACCGAUAACCUGAAGAAUCUGGUCGUACGAAUGAGGGCAGCGUCCAACAACCUCCACAUGGGAACGUCUGAGCGGCGCAAAAGCCCCACAUAUGACGGCAACAACUCCCGCAAGCCCCCCAACGAGUUCCUCACCUCUGUGGUGGAGCUCAUCGGCGCUGCCAAGAGCCUCUUGGCCUGGUUGGACAGGACGCCCCUGACAGGAAUCAGCGACUUCACAGCCACCAAGAACAAGAUCAUUCAGCUUUGCCUGGAGCUCACUACCACAGUUCAACAGGACUGCUCUGUCUUCGAUAUGGAGGAGAAGAUUCUGGAAGUUUCAAAGGUGUUGAACACGAUCUGUGACCAGACUGUAAGGACCACCUCUGACCCCCUGAUGUGCCAAUCAGCUUGCCUGGACGAGGUCCAGCUGAACAACAUUAAGCCUGGAGAGGGCCUGGGCAUGUACAUCAAGUCCACCUACGACGGCCUUCACGUCAUCACCGGCACCACGGAGCAUUCUCCUGCUGAUAUGACCCGAAAGAUACAUGCAGGUGAUGAGGUGAUCCAAGUCAACCAUCAGACAGUGGUUGGUUGGCAGUUGAAGAACUUGGUGGCCAAGCUCAGGGAAGAUCCCAAAGGUGUGGCACUGAUGCUAAAGAAGAGACCCACAGGCACCUCCGGAUUCACCCCUGCCCCCCUCAAGAACAUGCGCUGGAAACCUCCAAUGUCUCAAGUGCGGAACACCCACUCCCCGACCAAAGCCCAGUCUCCCAGCAACACAGCAGAGCUCUGCACCAGGAAGCCUGCCAUCCUGGACCUGUACAUCCCGCCACCACCAUCAGUUCCCUAUACGCCACGUGAUAUGAGGAACAGCACCUUCGCCAGCGUUCACAAGAUUGUGAAGGGUUCCGAAUCACCCAACUCGUUCCUUGACCUGGAGAACCGCAGACGAUUCACCAUCGCUGACUACGACAAACUGAACGUCUACCCAGUGGAAGCCAACGUCAUACAGCCGCGAUUGAGAGAGCGCACCACCUCACGCAGUAAACCCCGCCCUCUCUCCAUGCCUGUGGACACCUGCCUCAGUGUGAAGGAAGGCUACGCUAAGCCAUGGCCACAAGGCAAGAAAGGGGAAGAGCUCUUGUACAGAUACCUGAGCAAUGAGCGAAUCCCAACCAUUGCUGAGGAGAGCCCUGCCGGCGGGUUGACAUACAGAUCCAAUGGUGACCGAACGCCGGUCCGCGGCAUCGACCACAUCCGCAGCAGCCGUUACCUCGUCAACGUUGACCUUCACAACAGCGCUACAAUCCCUUACCAGGAGGACCUGUCCAAAAAGGCCCCCAUGUCGUCCACACCCAAACGGCCGCCUGCGGAGCCUUCGCUACUGGUGUCGGACUGGAAUUCCAGCCAGGGCUUCAUCGACAGAUACAACCAACGCUCGUGGUCCUUUUCUCAAGCAGCAUCUUUUCCAAUUUCUGUUGCCCCUCCUAUGGCUGCUGAUGAAUACAACCCUGUGUCACUCAGGCCCAAAUCAAAGAAAAAGACUCGAGCAGGUAAUGUGAACAUGAGCAGAAGGAGGGUAUCUGUGAAAGAGCUGGGGCAUGCAGAUCAUCAAGGCUGGCUCUACAGGAAGAAGGAGGGGAAGGGCUUUCUGGGAAUGAAGUGGAAGAAGUAUUGGUUCAUCCUGAAGAAGACCUCAUUAUACUGGUACUCCAGUGAUACGGCAGAAAAGGCAGAAGGAUACAUAAACUUGAAGGACUUCAUGAUUGACAGAGCAAUAGAGUGCAAGAAAAAAUAUGCCAUCAAAGCCUGUCACCCACAAGUCAUGAUAUUCUACUUUGCAGCGGAGAGCCUGGAGGACAUGAACAGGUGGCUAAAUAAGCUUGGGCUAGCUUCCAUUCAGUAUGAGUACGAGCCUACAGAGGCACACGCAGCAGAGUGCUAUAGUGAGGCAAGUGACCAUGAGGAGACGGAGUCCACAGAGGCCCCACCACCCCCAUACUCAAAGCAGAUGACGCGGGACACCUUGCUUAUUGACGGACAACCUGACAGUGGACCACAGGGCACACUCCCACCUCCCUACUCUUCAUCUCCUCCCAGUGAAGCCACCGGCACUCUGUCGUCACCUGUCAGCACUAUGACCUCACACAGCUCUGCCUCCUCACUGGCCAAGCACCGCCAGUCCUGGCUAGACCUUGUGUCCCAUUCCUGCCUCCCUGCCAGAGAUACAGUGGUCUGUUCUGUGCAGGUUCAUGUGCAGAGCCCCCCGGUGGAGGAACCUCUGAUGCCCCGUGAAGACCCUGUCUUCUCUGAAGACCAUUCGGCCUGUGCAGACAAGGCAGAGGCCCUUUUGAGAUUUGAGGAACUGGCAGCACCAGCUGAAUCCAGCCAAAUAAAUGGCCUAGAAGAUGCAGGUGAUGAGAUGGAAAGACUCUACAUCGACCUGAAACGGGCCAGUCUGUCUCCAACUGGUGAACGCAAACCAUCAACUAAGAGGGAAUUCAGAGCAUCAUUCAUAAAAAGAUGCAAAAACCAUGCAGUCAAUGAGAAGUUACAUCUCGUCAGAACUUUAAAUAGCACUUUGAAGGCUAAGGAAGCGGAUCUGCUUACACUGGAUCAGGUGCUCUCCGACCCAUCUCUUUCUGCCGGCAAAUUUCGGGAUUGGAAGGAGUCCAACACAGUGCUCUUGCAGGAGAUCUGUAUGCGUCACAACUUGCUUGGGGAAAUCCCAGAACCUCCUGUUGCAGAAACGGGAGCAGCAGCAACAGCAGAAGCAGCCAUCGCUGGGCCUUACACGGAGACCAGCAUAUAGACAACUCUCAGUCCCCACAGCCAAAUGGACUCUGAAGUCAGAGAUAUUCAUAACCACUUAUGCACAACUGUCAAACUAAAUUGAAGGACCUCUGAAAAUACAGACUCUAAAACUGUGGUCUGUUCUUAAUUGUUCUAGACUGUUAAUGCUUUGCUGUGAGACUGACCUGUGUCUACAUCACCUGCAUCAAUACCUUUAUGCCUAAUUUUAACUAAUGCCAAGAGUAUGAAUGCCAUGAACAUUUUUAUGUAAGUCCAUUGUCAUUUUAUCAUUUUAUUUCUACAUUUUUGUACUGCGUGUGUAGAAUAUAAAUGAUGCAAUGACGAUUUUAACCAUGUAUUGCUCUAAAUUAUACAUACAUGAUGAUAAAUGGUAUGACCUAAAUGAUUUUAUUUGGCUAAACCCUGUGUAGUUUGUAGCAUUGUAAGUAUAUGUGUAUAUAGUUUUUGUUAUUAAGUAUGUACAGGUGUUCAAUAUUGUUUUGAUGUUGUAUAUGUUUGGAGAUGCUUAGGGCGUGCUUAAUAAAAUUGGUCCACUUUUUAGAGUA